AUCAACUUCACCCAAGUUUAGAGCCUCACUCAGCUCAGAACUGCAACACCGACCACCCUCGGCUUUAUUUAAACCUUGCAUAUCUGGUUGCCGUCGACACACAUACCCUGUUAGCAUGUCACAGGAAAAAGACCCGCAUGUUCGUAUACAGGAGCUGAAGAAAGACAAAGUCAAGUUUGUACUCGAGAAUGUGGAUCUCGCACUCGCAAACUCUAUACGUCGUGUCAUGAUGGCUGAUAUUCCUACCAUUGCUAUCGACAUGGUAGAAAUUGAAAGCAACACAACGGUCUUACCUGAUGAAUUUAUUGCGCAUAGGUUGGGACAAAUCCCCCUAGUGAGUACGAACUGUGAUGAAGCUAUUCGGUAUACCAGAGAUUGUACAUGCAUGGAUGGCUGUAAAUAUUGCACUGUCAUACUCAAUCUGAACGUGGCUUGUAAUGAAGAAGGGAAGACCAUGAUGAUUACUAGUAAUCACCUGGAGGUUGCUCUGUGGGGUGAAGAAGUUGACCAAAGUAUGAUCACUGCUGGAGACGAACUCUCGAAAAGGCCUGAUAACUUCGGACAACCAGUUGGAAAAGAUGAGAUUGGCGUUGAGCCAAUACUUAUAACCAAGAUUCGUAAGGGGAUGGAGUUAAAAGUGCGAUGUGUCGCCAAAAAGGGAAUUGCUAAAGAGCACGCAAAAUGGUCGCCUUGUUCGGCGGUCGGCUUUGAAUAUGACCCCCAUAAUCGACUGCGACAUACGACAUAUUGGUUUGAAUCGGACGAAAGGGCUGAAUGGCCAUUGAGCGACAAUGCUCAAUUGGAAGAGCCCGUCAAAGAAGACGAACCUUUUGAUUACAAUGCCAAACCCACGAGAUUCUAUAUGGAUGUUGAAACAGAUGGUAGCCUUGGUCCUCAGGAGGUUGUCCUAAAAGGUUUACAAGAACUCCAGACCAAGCUUGCUAAUCUUGUGCUCGGGUUGAAGCAAGAACCCGAAGCUGAGAUGGCUACUGGUGCUGAUCAAUCGUUACCUCAAACCAAUGGACAUCCUACUGCUGGCUGGGGUGCUCCCGCUGCAGGUGCAGGAGGUUGGGGACAAACUAGCCCAAAUGGCACAGGUGCGGGUGCAGGAUGGGGUAGUCCGGUCGCGGCUGGGGCAUGGGGUGGCAGUCCUGGCACUUCCAACUGGAGUGCGCCGCCAGCUGCACCGACAGGAUGGGGAACCAGCCCUGCUCCAGCUGGCUCAGGGUGGAGUCCCAGACCACCGGGGUCAGCAGGAUGGGGUGGCUCCUCGCCACAGCAAGCAGGUUGGAACGUGUAAUAGAUUCUUUUGGAUUGUUGUAUUGUAAUGUCUAUAGGUCAUCGAGACCAUAUGUAUUCUACAGUAGCGUAAUUGUACGAGAUUUACCGCAUGAAUGGCUGCGGAUACUCACAGAGCUUUCCUGCAACCGAUGAUGCAUUUUCAAGCAACAAAUGAGUUGAAAGCAUACUGGUUAGCUAGAAGGAUAACAUGGAGAGAUAUGAUACGAUA